CUUUCUGCUCGGAAGGCACAAAAAAGUCGGAUAAAGACGUUCGCCAUCGUCCAUCCACCUGCCGUCACUUCCACAUCGCAUAGUCCGUCCAGACAGCUCGAAUAUCCAUCAUGUCCUUCUCUCUUUCUCGCUCAAUUGCCGGUACUGCUCGGACGCGAUCGUUCCUUGCUGCUACUUCGCUCAGAUCCGCCUUCUCCCCUUCAAAGUCUCUGCCGCUGUCUGUCCGCGUCUUGCAAGGCCAGCAGGCGCGCUUCCUCAGCGAAACUGCGCGCUCCGCCAUCGACAACGCCGUCAAGUCUAGCCCCGUUGUUCUGUUCAUGAAAGGCACUCCCGAGUUCCCGCAGUGCGGAUUUUCCCGCGCUACUAUCCAGAUCCUCAGUCUCCAGGGCGUCGAUCCGGAGAAGUUUGCCGCGUUUAACGUGCUUGAGGACGACGAGCUUCGAUCCGGAAUUAAGGAGUACAGCAACUGGCCGACCAUCCCGCAGCUAUACGUCAACGGCGAGUUCAUCGGAGGAUGCGACAUUUUGAUCGCCAUGCACCAGUCCGGUGAGCUUUCUGAGCUGUUAGAUGAGGCUAAGGUUUUGGUUUUGGACGAGGAGGCAGCCAAGAGCGAGGGUGCCGAGGAGGAGGCUGCGAAGAAGAGCGAGUAAGAAACUACGUCUCAUCGUAUUUUGUACAUAUAGUAAGAUCAAUAGAUGAUCAACAUGAACUGAUUUCUAUU